AUGUUUAAGAAAAGAUCUAAACUUUCAGGAAAUUCGUCUGACAUAAAGAGAAGAAAGUUACCUGUGGAAAAUGUUGAAUCUGAUGAAGAUCAAAGGGUAACGACCAGUAUCCCCGGGUUUAAAAAGAGACAGCUAUUAGGUAAGAAAGAUCCCUCGUCACUGGAAAGUAAGAAAAAUACAAGUAAUGAAACAAUAUCUGAUACCUCGAAAUAUACUCUGAUAGAUAGUAAUACUGCCAUUAAAGCCGAUAUCUUAAACUCCGAAGAUAAAGGGAUCAUUAAGAGUAAUGAGUCUACUAAUUCAAAGGAAACAACAAAGAAAAGUAUAUCUGAUAAAAUCACACAAGCAGCUAAUUUGAAGACAACUAUAUUUACUGAUUAUCAACCUGAUAUAUGUAAGGAUUAUCAACAAACUGGGUUUUGUGGAUAUGGUGACAGUUGUAAAUUUCUUCAUUCGAGAGAUGAUUUUAAAGCAGGAUGGAAAUUAAAUACCGAUUGGAAAGUUGAUGUAAUAGAAAAUGGAGAUAAUGAAAUAAUAUCGAAAGAUGUCCCAUUUAAAUGUGUUAUUUGUAAAGAGGAUUAUAAGGAUCCUAUUGUAACUAAUUGUGGUCAUUAUUUUUGUAGAGCAUGUUUCACUAAGAGGAUUGAUAAAGAUUUAAGUUGUUUUAUUUGUAGAACUAAUACAAAUGGUGUUGCAAAAAUUGCAAAGGAUUUGAAAAAAAAAUUACGCAAAAUGAAAGAGUCUACCAAAGAUUAA